GAGACGAGUAGUUUGCUUUGUUUAUGCGGGUUCUCCUGAUAACGUUUUGAUUGGUCAAUCAGCCUGAAGUCACACGUCAUGUCCAUGCGAUCUUGCUUAUCAAUACUUAGCGACAGCGUAGGAAUUAUGGAAAUCUUGAAACCUCUGAAUAACCGCUGAAUCAUAAUAUCAAUGGUGAGGCAUUAGAUUAUACAAGGCAGUGAUAAUUCAAGAUUAGACCCGGAACCAAACUUGACACUUUAUCACCCCCUAUAGUAUUACCAUGGAGAAAAAGAAAUAUCGCUGGAUCAUUUGUGGAGCUGCAUUUUUCUGCCAGGCACUUGUGAGCGCUAUCGGGAACAAUGUAUUUCUGUUUAAUGUAAUGUUUCUGGAAGCAUUUUACCAGAGCAAGGCAGAUACAGCAUGGGCUGGAUCAAUCCUAUGGUUUACAAUGGCUCUUUUCUCACCAAUAGCUGGAAUAGUUGUAAAGAAGUUUAGCUGCAGGGUGUGUGUCAUGUUGGGUGGCUUAUUGAUGUGCGUUGGCCUCACUGUCAGUGCAUUCACCAGAACUCUCACAAUGCAGUAUCUCACAUUUGGUGUUAUUACUGGUGCUGGUAUGGGACUGAGUUUCACCCCAACAUUUGUAAUCAUUGCGGCAUACUUUGAUGAGCAACAGACACUUGCGACAGGAAUUGCAGCCUCUGGUAGCGGCAUGGGAGGCCUGGCCUUCUCCUUUAUCAUAUCGGCCCUGAAAGACCACUAUGGAUGGCGUGGAGCUUUUCUUUUCUUAGGGGCAUUAGUAUUCAAUGUAACGCUUUGUGGAGCAUUAAUGAAACCACUCCCUACUAGUCAGAAGAAAAAUAGCUCAAGUAUUAAUUUAAAAGUGCUAGUGGACCCUAUUUAUAUCAUACUAGGUUUUGCAACGUUUUUAUGGGGCUUAAGCCGAGGGAUAACACUUCUUCACUUAAUAGCAUUUGCCAUCAACCAAGGAAUGUCCUCCAUCCAAGCAACACUUAUUGCAUCCUUUGUAUCAGUUGGAAGUAUUAUUGGUAGACUUAUUAUUGGAGUGAUAGGAAAUUUGAAAAAUAUGGACCGAUCAAUUUUGUAUUGUGGAUCAUUUGCAGUUUCUGCCAUAAUAAUGGCCUUAUUGCCGACCCUGGGAAAAAUGUUUUGGGGACAGAUAUUACAAGCAGUAUUGUUUGGUGCUAUAAGUAAUGUUUUCUUCGUCUUGAUGGCCCCUAUAGCUGUUGACAUAUUGGGCAUUGAGAAUCUUUCUAUAAGCUUUGGAGUGCUGAUGGUUGUGCUGGGGACAGGAAGCAUGACAGGGCCACCUAUAGGAGGAUGGCUCUUUGAUCAGACACUUUCCUAUUCAAAGACAUUCUACACCUCAAGUGCCUUAGCAGUAAUAUCCAGCAUUGUAGGAGCAGUGGUGCCUAUCAUGCGUAGAAGAAAGAGACUCAAGGAAGCUUUACAAAAGAGUAUUGUAAAGUCACGGAUCUCAAUGGAAAACAUUUCUAAACAAUCUCCACAACAUGAAUCUAGUGAAACUGAAAAAAUGUUAACCUCUGCUGAUAAUGCGAAAGUUGAUAUUGUGAGCGAGAAUAUUUCUUGAAUGUAGUGCAAUAAUUCAAUGUGUUAAUUUAGUUAUUUGAAAACUCAAAUGAAGUCAAAGUACUAAAACUUCAGUGCAAAUAUAAUACUCUAAUCAAGAGAAGAUUUAGUCUUUGGCCAAGACCCUAUUCCCCCCAUCUCUCUUUCCUCAGACCCGAGUAGGAGAUUAUGAAGGAAGUUGGGGGCUACAGUGUCUUGAUGAGGCUAGACGACAACAUGUAAAGGGAAUAGGUUUCUUUUGGCCUAGGACAUGAUGGCUGCCCCCUCCACAGUAACAACAAUAAGCUUAGGUACCUAAACAUAUUAUCCAUAUCAUUGGAAAGACCAUUCAAUUCUGGAUAAAAUGUGGAGCGAAUGUGACAGGCAUUAAGAUGAUGUAAUCAGACAGUACUACUUCAUUUCAGCACUUCAGUGUCUUCUUUAAUUUGGUGAUUCUUAAUCAAUUUACAGUAUUUGAAAAUCUGAGCCCAAUUAUAUUGACGUUUCAAAAACUGUCCACGCUUGGUGACUCUUUUGCGUAAGGUAUUAAAGUUGUGACUGGUUAGGUUGUUCAAGUUGGUUGUCAUACAGUGUUCACCCUAACCCAAAAUUGAAGGGUCUUUUCAAUGAUACAAUGCAUGUAUGGCUCUCUAUGGUACAAGUAGCUAGGUCAUAUGCUGUGAAAGAAGCAGUCAACACUUGGUGCUCUGUACAUGAUAUGUGUCUGGAUUGCUGAAAUUAUUUCAGUUAAUGUAAUUUUAGUCAGUUUAAGUGGCAAAAAUGGGGACCAGGUAAGAAUUGCUUCCUUAAAAGUCGUAAAUAUGGAUGCACAAGUGCCAAGAGCAUUUUACUAAUCUUAAUGCUUAAUUUUGUAAAAGUAGCUUGUAAUAAGUAUUGAUCAGUUCUACUCAUUUUAAAACAUAAUUUUUGUUGAUUGGAUCAAAAUGAUCAAUAUACGGUAAAUCGUAAUAAAUGUCAGUAGUAUUACAUGUAUUAUAUUCCAUGCUCACACAUGUCACACACUUACAUAUGUAGAUGUGAGGCAAUGCAUACCUCAUUAAAAACCACUUGAAAGUUAUUUUAAAAACACAGGAAUGUGUAAAUCUGAAACAAAUAAAUAAUUGAACACCAAGAUUAUGUGUUGUAUGAAUCAUUCAUGAAAUUUGGUUGGAAAUACCUGUACAAUCAUUCAGGUAGAGGGCAAGGAGGAUUGGCUCC